AUGCCAGCCAUUGACAUCAAAGGAUACUCUUUCCCUAUCUUUUUUAAUGGUAUUUUUGUGUUUAUAGAUACUGCACUUGCAAAGGUUGAAUCAGAGAAAAGAUUGGCUUUGAUCAAGGCAUGGGAAGACAAUGAAAAAACAAAAACUGAAAACAAGGCACUUAAAAAGUUAUCAGCAGUUGGAUCUUGGGAGAACACAAAAAAGGCAACUAUAGAAGCUGAAUUGAGACAAAUUCAGGAAGAAUUAGAGAAGAAAAAGGCAGAAUACGCGGAGAAGAUGAAGAACAAGAUGGCUGAAAUUCACAGAGAAGCAGAAGAAAAGAGAGCAAUGAUUAAGGCGAAAGAAGGCGAAGAUAUUCUCAAGGUUGAGGAAAUUGCUGCUAAAUUUCGUGCUACUGGCAAUAUGCCUAAAAAGUUCUUGAGAUGCUUUGGCUACUAAAUUUUGCUUCUUUUGUCAAAAACAUUUAUCAUAUAUUUUGGUUGUGUGUAAUUGUUUAAUGAUCAUUAUGUGUAUAGACUACAGAGUAAGUUGUUUAUAUUAUUGAUGAUAGAACAAUCAUGUG